GGCAGGCUCACAGGGAAGAUCUCAGGGGCAACAGAUCUGGUUUGCUCGGCUGAAAGACCAAACACAACGGGAUGGAUUUCUACACAACGUGAACGCGAGCGAGGAACAGUUGCCUCACACAUAAAAAAGCCAGGAUGUCAGGGAUGGAUGUCCCGUUGGUGGACCACAAUGAAACUGGAAUCUCUCCAAUUGACAAUGGGACCUUCCUCCGUUUCUCCCCAACCUCUGCUUCCACGUCGGCGGCCGCCUCAUCACCAGGACGUCCAGGCAACGUUUUUGUUUACGUGUGGCUCUUCCUCGGCCUGCUGGUGUUCCUGCUGACGCUGCUCAUCAUCUCCCUCCACAGGCUGAAGAACAUCAUCUCCUCCUCUUCCUCUGUCCCCGACUGCAGCAGCGAGGGCGGGAGCUCUUUCACCAACAUGGAGAUCUGCAGCAUCUCGUCUCAGAGGUCCACCAUCUCCUCGCUGUCCACCUGAGGGAGAUGGGACGGAGCACAUACAGACACAUACUGUAUGCCCAAGUGCAUUUCCUCAUGCAUGCAUGCAACAACAAGCAGGCAUGCACACACACAAAGCAUAUAGAGGCCCAGCGGCUCCUCACUGUGAUAUACAAACACAAAAACACAAGACAGCAAGGUAUUACACAGCAUGCAUGUAUAUUCGAAUCCCACUAAGUUUUGUGUGGGAAAUAUAGCUCACAAUGUGAUGAAGAGUUCUUGAGGGACUGAACCCUUCUGAGGCUUAUUUCAACAACUAAGACAUAUGAACCAGAGAAACUACUUUGCCUCUGCAAGAAAAAAACAUAAUGAGAAACUAUUAUCUUUCCUCUUCAUUUUUUUUGUAAAAUUCAUAUCUUGUCUGUACUGUAGAAAAAAAUAACAAGGCUUUCAAGUAAUACUUUGUACAGCAUGUCUCAUAAUGUCUGUAGAUUACAUUGCAAAAUCUGAAUUAAUAAUAUUAAAGACCAUCACUUUGUACAGAAAUGCAUGCUUUUGUCUCAGUUGAUCAGUAAGGCUUUAAUAAAAAAAUGUUUACCUUUCCAAUGGGUAAGAUACGGUAAAACUGUACUAUAAAAUUCCUAACAAAUUGCUUCAUGACUGGGGAAAGGACAUUGUACAAGAAAUCCUGCUGUGGAUGUGAAGGUGAGAAAGAAUGAAGGUUGUGUCUUUGUGUGACUACUGACAGGCAGUCAGCCUCUGACUGCAGCUACAGACAGGCCAGGUCAAAAGGGGCAUAAACAACAAGAUGAAAUUUUGGUCCUGAAAGACAGGUCUACCAGCGUAACGGAUUACCCUCUCUUGCCUGUCAGCUCACGUGCCGUCUGAUCGCAGUCUCCAUAGUGACUGAAGCAUGAGAGCUCUGUGCAGCUGUCAGCCUUGUCUAUAUUCCAGGAUUAAGCCACAGUAAUGGUUGGUUCUGCUCAAACUACAUCAUUUUUAUUACAAUGCUGUUAGAUCUAAGUUUCUUAAAAAAUAUACCACAAAUGACUUGAAAAAGGUUCAUUGAUCUUCGUCAAACUUUUCCACAAAAUUCAUUAACAGCUGGAGGCUCAGCGAGCGGUGAUGAUGGCCACGAAGCUACGAACAAUACGAGGAGUCAGAUCUGUCGGUGUUCUUCUUGACAAAUCCUUUGUUCUCACACUAAUCUGUGCAUUUUGGGUGAUGUUACUGCAUCAACCAAACUCUUUGGUUCCCAAUGUAUAUUCUGCUGGAAAGCUUUAAAUGUAAAAAUUGGC